AUGUCCAUGAGAUUUUUGAGAGCGACGAGUUUAUUUAGGCGAGUAGUUCACUUUGACAAUUUGAAACAAACUACCAGUCGUUUUAAGAGUUUGAGCUUGAGGACUAAUCAGGAAAAAUUCAAAUUUCGGAGGAGCAAAUGGAAUUACGUUAUUGGAGGUGUAGGUUUGUUUGGUUUCAACUUCGGCAGCAAAGAUGACGAGGAAGUAGAACCGGAAUUAAUAAUGACUAUAAAAAGAUCAAUACUUCUAAUUCAGAAGGAGGAAUACAAAAAAGCUGAGCAAAUGUUACACGUGGCACUCCGUCAAGCCCAGACGAUAAAUCACUACGAGGGUGUCACUUACGUGUACGACGUGAUGGCUAAUUUGGCUUUCCAAGUCGGCGAGAUUCAAAAAUCAAUUGAUCUUUUCAAGACCGUGAUGCAGAGACUGCUGUCCACUGGUACUGAGGAGAACGACACCAAGAUUAUCCACAUAAGUCUGAAGGUGGCGAAUCUUUACCAACGAGCAGGAGACAAUAAAACAGCUGAGGAAGGAUAUAAAUUUUGUAUCGAAAAAAUCGAAGAGCACGCGAUUAAAAAUCCAACUGACGAAGAUAUCUUAGUACUGUGGGCAAUGAGUCGCGAUUGGUAUGCAAAUAUGCUUUUGUCUGAGUCACGUCUGAGCGAAGCAUUGGAGAAUUACCAGAAGUCUUAUCAGUUGUGUACGGAGAUUUAUGGCAAAAAUCACGAACAAACGGUCAUAUUGUUGAAUGAUCUAGGUACUGUGUGCUGUCUUUUAGGACAGCAUGAUCGUGCUCUGGGAUAUUUGAGUGAUGCUAUUGAAACAGGUACCAAAUUACCAGAUUGUCCAGAACUGAGCUCAAUUUAUGUUAAUUUGGGUAACGUUUAUAUCAAAAAAUCUCUGUACAAUGAAGCUAAAGUCGCGUGUUUCGAAGGAUUGAAACGCGCGAAAAAAUAUGAAGACCAAGAGUGCCGCGAUCAGGCGAAUUUAUGUUUAGCGGAAGUCAAAAAAUGUUUGAAUAGAUAA